AAAAGCAGUUUAUAAGGAAGAGAACCGCUUCUCCAUUUAGAGUCAGAGAACAAUGUCCAAAAAUGAUGAUCGGAGAAUCAACGCGACCAAAUCCUACCGUCAAAAUUCCCGUGUGGGACCUAUUCAACGAUCAGACGGCUAACUUUUCCUCAGUUAACUAUAACUGCAAUAAUGCGCCCAACAGUCCUUGUCCCGUCGAUUACCUCGCGUCUCUCCACCGUUACCUUCCGUCAAAUGACUUCGAAUCUGACUCGCUAAGUGAGGAUUCCGACUUACCUGUCGAUGCAUUCUCAUGCGAUCAUUUCCGGAUGUACGAGUUCAAAGUGAGGAGGUGCGCUCGGGGCAGGUCACAUGACUGGACAGAGUGUCCGUACGCUCACCCGGGAGAGAAGGCCCGAAGAAGGGACCCGAGAAAGUUCCAUUACUCUGGAACUGCGUGUCCUGAUUUUCGCAAGGGAAACUGUAAAAAAGGCGAUUCCUGUGAGUUUGCUCACGGCGUUUUUGAGUGUUGGCUGCACCCUGCUCGUUACCGUACCCAGCCAUGCAAAGACGGUACAAGUUGUAGAAGAAGGGUUUGUUUUUUUGCUCACACGCCAGAGCAGCUUCGGGUCUUACCCCAGCAGAGUCCGAGAGGAAAUGGAUCCGGUUCAGGUGAUUUGGAUUAUACAGGCUCGGCGAUGCGCCACCGUCUAGACUUUGUUUCUUCACCAACUUCCAUUCUGGCAUCCCCUUCAAUAUCCCCACCUUCUGAGUCACCACCUAUGUCGCCGGUUGGGACAUUUAACUCGGUAAGUGAACUUGCUGCCUCUAUGCGUAAUCUGCAGCUUAGUAAGGCUAAAAUGAGCGGUUGUUCUUGGGGCCUGCAAAUGGGAUCAGGUUUUGGUUCUCCUCGGGGCUCCGCCCUCCGACCCAGCUUUUGCAGCUCUCCUUCAACUCCAACUCGCACACCAACUCGUUCUAGCGUGGGUCAGUCUGACCUCUGGGAAUGUAACGCUUUUGAGGAGGAACCUGCAAUGGAGAGAGUGGAGUCUGGGAGAGACUUAAGGGCAAGGAUGUAUGCAAAGCUGAGUAAAGAAAAUUCUGUUGACGGACUUGAUCCAACUGGGUCGGGUCCUGAUGUUGGGUGGGUAGCUGAGUUGGUGAAGUGAAGCUGAUCCUCUGGCAUGGAUUGGGGGCUCAGCUUUUUCUGUUUUGAUUUAUUUUGGGAAAUUUAUAAAAAGGAAAUCGGUGGCCUUUGAUUCUUCUGUGUGAAUAUUGAUGACGCUUCUCAUUUUGGUGAUUUGCACUGUAAAUAGACGACUUGGGAAAGAGAGAUCGGAGAAGUCUCUAUUUUGUGGUGCUACUGCUUUUCUUUGAUUUUGUUUAUGGAAAAAAAAAAAAAGAUUGCUACUCGUGUAUAGACAAGAAGGAUUUAUUAGGGCUGCCGAAGGAUGGGUAGCGGCUUGUAUCUCAUUUUGUUUAUUAUGAAUCGUAAUUUCCUUCUCAAUUUCCUCAAUUGUCUUUGUAAUUUCUUUUAUAAUGGCUAAUUAAUGUAA